AUGGUUGCGGGUGCAACCGCGCGUACAACAGCAGCUACUAUAGUUAGCCCACUGGAAAUGAUCCGAACAAAGAUGCAAAGCGAACAGUUGAACUAUAGGGAUAUUGGAAAAGCGCUGCGCGUGACUGUAGCUAAAAAUGGCAUAUCGGGCUUUUACCUAGGCUGGAUGCCCACAUUACUAAGGGAUAUUCCAUUUUCAGGCAACUAUUUAUUGGGCUUUUUAUCAGUACUUCAAGCGAAACAUGCUAGCGUGGAGGAAAAUGGAACGAACAACAUUUGCAACAGCGUUCAC